AUGAAUGAUGAAAUAUUUAUCAAAUAGCCAAUAUAUGAUGAGAAAAAUGAUUACUCAGAAAAGUAUAAGCAUAUUUUUAAUUAGAUAAUCCUAAUUUGGAUAAAAUGAUGAAUCAUUAGAACAUCUAGUCAAUUCCUUAAUCUAAAAUUAAUAACAUGAUGACCAUUAUCAAUUUAAAUCAUAAAUUGUUAAAAGAAACAUUAAUGAUUAAAGGUAUUUAAUGAACUGUAUAUGCUAUUCCAAUUUAGAUUCACAUUUCAAGAGGAUAAACUAAUCUUAGAAUUAGUAUAGUAAGUGGGACCUAACUUUAAUAAAAUAGUCAAAUCCUUUCCUGGAAAAACAAUGAAUAUGAUAAAAAAUAGAUAUUAUAAAAGAUUGCGCUACAUAAAAGAGGACCUUCAAAAUGGUUAAGAAUAAAGAAAGAAACAAUCUAAACAUAAAAAAUUUAAUUGA